AGCAGCAGGAGCAGCAGGAGGAGCUGAACAUCAACUCCGAGGAGAGGAGAGUCCUGGCUUCACUGAUUGGCCAGCUACUAGAUGACGGCAGUAUCCAUGAAGCCAGCCGAGUCUGCCGCUACUUCUGUCUGCACCACCCUGACGUGUGGGUGGUGCUGCGCUGCCGAGGGCUGGCGUCCGGAGAACUCAGCCCCGCCCCACAGGAGGAGGAGUCAGAGGCGCCGGCGAGGAGGAGCAUCACCCCCUCGUCGUCGUUCGGCAGCCUGUCGCUCGCCAUGACUCCGCCCCCUGAAGACGAGGUCGCCGUCCAGCUGCAGAGACUGGUGGAUCAGUGUUGCCAUGGCAACAACUACUGCAAACAGGUCCUGAGCCUCUACCAGCUCUCCAAGGAGCUGCAGAGCUCCUUCAGUCAGAUCUGCCUCCAGGAGCCUGGCUCGGUGCUGGAGCUGCUGCUGCAGUCGGAUCAGCCCGAGCGCUUCAGGAAGGCUCAGGCCUUCAUCCGGGCCCAGGGCCUCUCCACAGACACCGUGGCCGAGCUGGUCUCCUCCGCCGUGGCCCAGGCGCUGCUGGGCUCCGCCCACGACCUCCACACGGAGAAGCAGGUAUUCCGGCACUCGCUGCUUCAGCUGAUCAAACUAUGUGAUGACCCGAAUCUGACCUGA